AUGGUUAAAAAGUAUUUUCUGUACCAAAAUUUCUGCAUAAGCCUAAUGAUUCGUACUGGAAAGUUUCUGUUAUUUUGCAUCUCUCGCCCAUCAGUUCGAUGUUUGAGUUCCUUUGAAAGUGCACAAAAUCCAGUCAAUCUUUAUCCAAAUUCUGAUCCUAACGCUGUUUUCAAGAAACCUACUGAACCAAGUAUUAACCAAAAUGUUUUCAAUGGAUAUAUCCCUAUCGACGAACUUCAAAUAUCCUAUGCGUAUUCGAGUGGUCCAGGAGGACAACAUGUGAAUAGAAAUAAAACGAAAGUGGAGAUACGUUUUCAUGUUCCAUCAGCGUCAUGGAUACCAGAUCAAGUUAAACAACUAUUUAUGGAAAGGGAGGCUAAUCGAAUUAAUAAAGAGAAUUACUUUAUUAUUACAUCGGAUCAUACUAGGAAACAAAUAUUAAAUCAAGCUGAUUGUUUAGAACGAAUUCGUCGUAUAAUCAGGGAAUGUGUUAACUCAUUAAAUAAACCUGAACCAAGUCCUGAAACUUUGGAAGCAAUUCAGUCUCGAAAAGUGAAAGCCAACGAAGAAAGAUUACGUAAAAAGAAAGAGAAAUCAUAUACAAAACAAUUACGACAAGAUCAUUAUCACACUGAUUUAUUUUGA